AAUGAGAGCCCUGACGGCUGCACGGCCACUGUUUUCCGAUUUCCGAGUCAUGUUCGCUCCAUGGUUUCCACGUUCAAGCUCAAGGCGUUCCUCUGCUCUCGUCUCUCCGUCGGAUUUGGACCUUCGGAAUCAAUCUCGCGGUGGUCUCCCUCGAUUCUUCUCCGAUGAUCUUCCUUCUCGCAAGGGUGGAAUUGUCCGUGUCCAAGGCUCUGAGUUUUGGCACAUGGCUAAAGUUCUAAGACUAAAACCAGAUGACAGGGUAGAACUCUUUAAUGGCAAAGGAGGUUUGGUAGAAGGUUGUAUUCAAAGCAUAGACAAAACUGGAGUUGAUUUUAUGGCACAAGAAGAUCAGAAAAUGAUUCUUCCUCAGGGCAUGCAGUGGCAGGUGUUUGCAGCUUUUGGCACUCUGAAGGGUGGUCGAGCAGACUGGCUAAUUGAGAAAUGUACAGAACUCGGAGCGAGUAGUGUCACACCACUUUUAACAGAAAGAUCUUCCAUAAUCUCUGAAAACCGGGUUGAUAGAUUGGAGCGCGUUAGUUUUGCUGCUGCUAAGCAAUGCCAAAGGCUACAUCAGAUGGUACUGAACCCUCCAAUCAAAUUUGGUACCCUCUUGGAUCAUAUUUCCAAGUCAAAGUUAUGUUUGGUUGCUACAGCGGAAGCUACACCUCUUCUCAAUGCAGUAAAAUCCUCGGCAAAAGAAUCCAGCGGAAUAUUAAUUGUUGGACCGGAAGGCGACUUCACCAAAAAAGAGGUGGAGUUGAUGUUGGAAGCAGGCGGCACAGCGGUUGGACUUGGGCCACACCGGUUGCGAGUUGAGACCGCAACCAUUGCUCUUCUGGCAACUCUAGUGAUGUGGUCUGACUCUCAAGAGACAGUCUAAAUGGUGGCUGGGCUUAAGUGUUUAUUGCCUUUAGGCCUUGUCUUGUGUUCUGAGAUUUUGGUUGAGUUAGUUCUCUGAAUUUUAUUGAUAGAUAAAGAGAAAAACAGAAAAGAUUAUGAAUAUUAUAUCCAUAGAGGUUUGAUAUAUCGACCGUCUCGCUUUACACUAUGAUAUAUCUGUUUCUUUACACUAUGAGAUGUGUAACAGUCCAUCAAUAAA